AUGUAUGGCCAGACCAACUGCUGGGCCCUGCCAGAGGGCAAGUAUGGCGCCUACAGGGGCCUGGACGGGGAGGUCUACAUCAUGACUCAGCGCUCGGCCCUCAACCUCUCAUACCAGGGCACGGGCAUCGUCACCAGCGUCCCCAGCGACAGCCCUGAUGACUACACCGCCCUUAUGGACCUGAAGAAGAAGCCCAAGCUGCGCGAGAAGUACGGCAUCCUUGACGAGUGGGUGAUGCCGUUUGAGGUGAUCCCCAUCAUCGAGAUCCCGGGGUAUGGCGACAAGGCCGCGCAGACUGUGUGCGAGCAGCUGAAGGUGCAGAGUCAGAACGACACCGCCAAGCUGGCAGAGGCCAAGGGCCUGGUGUACCUCAAGGGGUUCACCGACGGCGUGAUGCUGGUGGGGCCCCACGCGGGCCGCAAGGUGUCUGAGGCGAAGCCCGUGAUCAGGGACGAGAUGGUGGCGGCCGGCCAGGCCAUGCCCUACAGCGAGCCGGAGAAGACGGUGGGCGCGGGGGAGGGGGGCUGGACGGCGCCGCACCGCAUCGCUGCUGCUGCUGCUGCUGCUGCUGCUGCUGCUGCUGCUGCUGCUGCUGCUGCUGCCGCCGCCGCCGCCGCCGUUGCCGCCGCUGGUGGUGGUGGUGGUGGCGGCAGUGUGGUGAUGGCUGCUGUGCUGUAG